AUGCAGUUCUCCCUCAGCCAGCUCUUCCUCGCGGCCCUCUCCUGUUCAACGGCUCUGGCCGCCCCCGCCCCGGCCUCAUCCAAGUCGAUGAUGGUUGCCAACACCCAAUGGACCAUCGAGAGCAUGAAGCGUGUCUGCAAUUCCGCUGACACCAAAUGUACCUGGACCUUCGGCAUCGAGACCCCAUCUGGCACCACCGCCUGCACCUACGUUGUAACGGGCAGCCCCGCCUCCCAUGCCAACGGCGGGCCUUCGCAAUGCGGCGCCUACACCAUCACCUCCGGCUGGAGCGAUCAAUUCGGUGCGAACAAUGGGUUCACGACCUUCUCGAUUUUAAAAUCUUACAAUUCAACUGUCUCCAGUCUUAAACAGCAGAAAUUUGCCAGCUCUAGCCUUUAA